CCAGGAGUCGGGACUUACCCAUUUUAAAGGCGCUCCACCGUCUUCUCCACAGUCGUUUUGAAGUAUCUCUCCCUCUCGCUGAAUCAAAUCAAGAACCGAGUAAACCCUAGUUGUUCAUCUGUAGAAUCUGAGUCAAGAACGGUGAGGGAAAUGGGUCAGAUCCAGUACUCUGAGAAGUACUUUGAUGACACCUACGAGUACAGGCAUGUGGUUCUUCCUCCUGAAGUGGCCAAACUGCUCCAGAAGAAUCGGCUUCUCUCGGAAAAUGAAUGGCGUGCUAUUGGGGUUCAGCAGAGCCGUGGGUGGGUCCACUAUGCAAUUCAUCGCCCUGAGCCACACAUCAUGCUCUUCAGGAGGCCUCUGAACUAUCAGCAGCAGCAGGAGAAUCAAGCUCAGCAGGGCUUGCUUGCUAAGUGAUGUUUUACUCAAUUACAUCCCUCCUAAAUGUCCCAGGAAAAGAAAAGAAAAAAAAAACAAGCAAUUAUACUUCAGGUUUCUACUAUCUGCGUAGAAAGUUGAAACAUGUUUGAAUUGUUGGGUAUUGUACUCUUCUAUUCCCCUUGCAUGGAGAAACUAAUGCUAGACUGUUGCAUCUUUUUAAAACCUUGAACUCUGUUGAUGACUCAAAUGUCGUUGGUCCUUUGUAGAACUGAGAUGGAUUUUACUAUGGGGUUUCUGCUUCUGUGGGGUGGAAUAUAUUUCUUUAAUUAAUUUAUUCUGUGGUACUGGUUUUCCCA